CGCUGUGCUCGUCGUCGCCUCUCCCUUCCCCUCCAUCCACUCAUUCUCGGCGCCUCACUCACCCCGACCCGGCCGCCUUCUCUCGGUCACCUGUCUGCGCGCGUCUCCGCCGCCUCGCGAGCCUCUUCGCGCUGCGCUCCGUGCCCCGGUGGCAUCUCUCUCGCACCGCGCGCAUCCACCACCUGACGUCUCUGCGCGCCCGCUCCUGAGCGCCACACGCCCCGCGCAUACCUGCGCACCGCAGAUCUCUCUCUCCACUCUCCACACUCACCGCACCUCGCCAAAAGCAGUCGUGCGUGCAGCGCCAGGCUCGCCCGCCACGCGCCCGCUCUGACGCCUUCACAGCGGCACUCGCGUCCCAGCAGCUCGCAGCUGCGCCCGCCGCCAUGUCGCACUACCCUGCGCCCGGCGCGCCCGGCGGCCCGCCGCCAAACCCUUUCGCGGGCGCCUCGGCGUACCACGACGACGCCAGCGAGGCCAGCGGCUACGGCCGCCGCGACACGUUCCAGUCCGAGGGCAGCGUGGCGGAGCUGAUCCCGGGGCAGGGCUACGACGGCAGCGAGUCGUACGAGGGCGGCGGCGCCAACAACGGGCCCUACUCGCAAGAGUCGUACUCGCAGCGCGGCGGCAAUGCAUCGGCCGGGCCCGGCGGCUACGGCGGCAGCUACGCGGCGUCGGGCGUCUCCAGCCCGUACACCGACUACCCCGCCGGCGGCUACCGGCAGCGCGAGCCGUACCCGGCGUGGACCGUCGAGCACCAGAUCCCGCUGGCCAAGGAGGAGAUCGAGGACAUCUUCAUCGACCUCGCCAACAAGUUUGGCUUCCAGCGCGACUCGAUGCGCAACAUGUACGACCACCUCAUGAUCCAGCUCGACUCGCGCUCGUCGCGCAUGAGCCCGGCGCAGGCGCUCGUGACGCUGCACGCCGACUACAUCGGCGGCGAGAAUGCCAACUACCGCAAGUGGUACUUUGCCGCGCAGCUCGACCUCGACGACGCCAUCGGCAAGGCGCAGAACCCGGGCCUCGGGCGCGCCGCCUCGAUGGCGCGCGGCGGGCGCGGCGGCCGGCGCGGCGGCAAGGCGGCCGCGGGCAGCGCGCACGCCAAGUCGCUCGAGAGCGCCGCGACGCGCUGGCGCGAUGCGAUGAACCGCAUGAGCGACUACGACCGGCUGCGCCAGAUUGCCCUCUACCUGCUCUGCUGGGGCGAGGGCGGCCAGGUGCGCUUUGUGCCCGAGUGUCUGUGCUUCAUCUUCAAGUGCGCCGACGACUACUACCGGUCGCCCGAGUGCCAGAACCGCAUGGAGCCGGUGCCCGAGGGCCUGUACCUGCGCGCCGUCGUCAAGCCGCUGUACCGCUUCCUGCGCGACCAGGUCUUCGAGGUCAUCGACGGCAAGUUCGUCAAGAAGGAGCGCGACCACGACCAGAUCAUCGGCUACGACGACGUCAACCAGCUCUUCUGGUACCCCGAGGGCAUCGGCCGCAUCGUGCUCAACGACAAGACGCGCCUCGUCGACGUGCCGGCGAACCAGCGCUUCAUGAAGUUCGACAAGAUCGACUGGAACCGCGUCUUCUUCAAGACGUACAAGGAGAAGCGCAGCUUCUUCCACUUGCUGGUCAACUUCAACCGCAUCUGGAUCCUGCACAUCUCCGUCUUCUGGUACUACACGGCCUACAACGCGCCCAAGAUCUACAACCCCUCGGGCGCCGCGACAAAUCCGCAGCUCUGGUCCGCCGCCGCGCUCGGCGGCGCCGUCUCGACGAUUCUCAUGAUCUUUGCCACGCUUGCCGAGUUCUCCUACAUCCCGACGACGUGGAACAACACGAGCCACCUCGCGCGGCGCAUGGCCUUCCUCGCCGUGUGCCUGGCCGUGACGAUCGGCCCCGCCGUCUACAUCCACGGCAUCGCCACGGACAAGGACAGCUCGAUCUGCAAGAUCCUCUCCAUCGUGCACAUUGCCGUCUCGGGCUGCAUUACGGCGCUCUUCUCGCUCGUGCCGUCGGGCCGCCUCUUCGGCGACCGCGUGGCGGGCAAGGCGCGCAAGUACCUCGCCAACCAGACGUUCACGGCCAGCUACGCGCCGCUGGAGAAGAACCGCCGCGUGUUCAGCUUCCUGCUCUGGGGCCUCAUCUUCGGCAGCAAGCUCACCGAGAGCUACUUCUUCCUCACGCUCUCGUUCCGCGACCCGCUGGCCAUCAUGAUUACGAUGCGCGUGCAGGGCUGCAGCGACAAGUACUUUGGCACGGCGCUCUGCGCCAACCAGGCGGCCUUUGCGCUGACGGCGAUGAUGAUCAUGGACCUCUGCCUCUUCUUCCUCGACACGUUCCUGUGGUACGUCAUCUGGAACACGGUCUUCUCCAUCGGCUGGUCCUUCUCGAUGGGCCUCUCGAUCUGGACGCCGUGGAGCGACAUCUUCCAGCGCCUGCCGAAGCGCAUCUACGCCAAGCUGCUCGCCACUGCCGACAUGGAGAUCAAGUACAAGCCCAAGGUGCUCGUGUCGCAGGUGUGGAACGCCAUCAUCAUCUCGAUGUACCGCGAGCACCUGCUCUCGAUCGACCACGUGCAGAAGCUGCUCUACCACCAGGUGCCGUCGGGCGACGAGGGCAAGCGCACGCUGCGCGCGCCCACGUUCUUCAUCAGCCAGUCGGACAAGGGCCUGAAGCCCGAGUUCUUCCCCAAGGGCUCCGAGGCCGAGCGCCGCAUCAGCUUCUUCUCGCAGUCGCUCACCACGACGCUGCCCGAGGCGCUGCCCAUCGACGCCAUGCCCACGUUCACCGUGCUUGUGCCGCACUACGGCGAGAAGAUUCUGCUCUCGCUGCGCGAGAUCAUCCGCGAGGAGGACCAGAACACGCGCGUGACGCUGCUCGAGUACCUCAAGCAGCUGCACCCCAUCGAGUGGGACAACUUCGUCAAGGACACCAAGAUCCUCGCCGAGGAGACGAACACGCUCGCGGGCGCGUCGCCGUUCGGCGGCGACGACGAGAAGAGCGGCACCAAGAGCUCCAAGACGGACGACCUGCCCUUCUACUGCAUCGGCUUCAAGAGCGCGGCGCCCGAGUACACGCUGCGCACGCGCAUCUGGUCGUCGCUGCGCGCCCAGACGCUCUACCGCACCGUGUCGGGCUUCAUGAACUACAGCAAGGCCAUCAAGCUGCUCUACCGCGUCGAGAACCCCGAGGUGGUGCAGCUGUUCGGCGGCAACACGGAGAAGCUGGAGCGCGAGCUGGAGCGCAUGUCGCGCCGCAAGUUCAAGUUUGUCAUCUCCAUGCAGCGCUACUCGAAGUUCAACAAGGAGGAGCACGAGAACACCGAGUUCCUGCUGCGCGCGUACCCGGACCUGCAGAUUGCCUACCUCGACGAGGAGGCGCCGCGCAAGGAGGGCGGCGAGUCGCGCUGGUUCUCGGCGCUCGUCGACGGCCACUCGGAGAUCCUGCCCAACGGCAAGCGCCGGCCCAAGUUCCGCAUCGAGCUGCCCGGCAACCCGAUCCUCGGCGACGGCAAGUCGGACAACCAAAACCACGCCAUCGUCUUCCACCGCGGCGAGUACCUGCAGCUCAUCGACGCGAACCAGGACAACUACCUCGAGGAGUGCCUCAAGAUCCGCUCGGUGCUCGGCGAGUUUGAGUCGUUCAACGUGUCGAACCAGAACCCCUACGGCGCGGGCCACGCCGAGUUUGCCAAGGCGCCCGUGGCGAUCCUCGGCGCGCGCGAGUACAUCUUCUCCGAGAACAUCGGCAUCCUCGGCGACGUCGCCGCCGGCAAGGAGCAGACGUUCGGCACGAUGGCCGGCCGCGGCCUGGCGCAGAUCGGCGGCAAGCUGCACUACGGCCACCCGGACUUCCUCAACGCCAUCUUCAUGACGACGCGCGGCGGCGUGAGCAAGGCGCAGAAGGGCCUGCACCUCAACGAGGACAUCUACGCCGGCAUGACGGCCUUUGGCCGCGGCGGCCGCAUCAAGCACGUCGAGUACUACCAGUGCGGCAAGGGCCGCGACCUCGGCUUCGGCACGAUUCUCAACUUCACGACGAAGCUCGGCAACGGCAUGGGCGAGCAGAUGCUCUCGCGCGAGUACUACUACCUCGGCACGCAGCUGCCCGUCGACCGCUUCCUCACCUUCUACUACGGCCACCCGGGCUUCCACAUCAACAACAUCCUCGUCAUUCUCUCCGUGCAGCUCUUCAUGUUCACGCUCGUCUUCAUCGGCACGCUCAACUCGCAGCUGAGCAUCUGCGAGUCGACGAACAGCGACUACCAGGUGGGCACAGGCGGCUGCUACUACCUCAGCCCCGUGUUCCAGUGGAUCCGGCGCACCAUCAUCUCGAUCUUCCUCGUCUUCAUGAUUGCCUUCCUGCCGCUCUUCCUGCAGGAGCUGUCGGAGCGCGGCGCCGUGUCGGCGGUGAUCCGCCUGGCGAAGCACUUCCUCAGUCUCUCGCCCGUGUUCGAGGUCUUCAGCACGCAGAUCUACAGCCACUCGAUCAUCUCGAACCUGACGUUCGGCGGCGCGCGCUACAUUGCCACGGGCCGCGGCUUCGCCACGACGCGCCAGUCGUUUGCGCUGCUCUACUCGCGCUUCGCCGGCCCGUCGAUCUACUCGGGCAUGCGCCUGCUGCUGCUGCUCCUCUACGUGACGCUCACGCUGUGGAUUCCGCACCUGAUCUACUUCUGGAUCUCGAUUCUGGCGCUCUGCAUCGCGCCGUUCCUCUUCAACCCGCACCAGUUCAGCAUUCCCGACUUUAUCAUCGACUACCGCGAGUUCCUGCGCUGGAUGUCGCGCGGCAACUCGCGCUCGCACGCCAACUCGUGGAUCGGCUACUGCCGCCUCAGCCGCACAAAGGUCACGGGCUACAAGAAGAAGCGCCUCGGCCACCCGAGCGAGAAGCUGGCGGGCGACGUGCCGCGCGCCAGCUGGCGCACGAUUGCGUUCGCCGAGAUCAUCGGCCCGACGUGCCAGGCCGUCAUCUUUGCCGUCGCGUACGCCUUCGUCAAGUCGUUCCACGAGCGCGGCGACCCGCCCAUGGGCGCCAUCGUGCGCCUGGCCAUCAUCGCGCUCGGCCCCAUCGUGUGGAACGCGGCCGUGCUGCUCAUCCUCUUCAUGGUCAGCAUGUUCCUCGGCCCGGCGCUCGGCAACUGCUGCGCCAAGUUCGGCUCCGUCAUGGCGUCGAUUGCGCACGUGUUUGCCUUCAUCGGCUUUGUGGCGUUCUUCGAGUUCCUCUGGUUCCUCGAGCUGUGGAACACGUCGCACGCCGUGCUCGGCCUCAUUGCCGUCAUCAUGAUCCAGCGCGCCAUCUUCAAGAUUCUCAUCUCGCUCGUGCUCUCGCGCGAGCUCAAGCACGACGAGACGAACCGCGCCUGGUGGACGGGCCGCUGGUACGGGCGCGGCCUCGGCGGGCACGCCUUCAGCCAGCCGGCGCGCGAGUUCCUCGUCAAGAUCAUCGAGAUGUCCCUCUUCACGGCCGACUUUGUCACGUGCCACAUCCUGCUCUUCGGCCUCUCGAUCCCGCUGCUCAUCCCCUUCAUGAACCGGCUGCAGUCGAUGGCGCUCUUCUGGCUGCCGCCGAGCCGGCACUCGCUCGCGGCGCCCAUCUUCAGCCUGCGCGCGCGCAAGCAGCGCCGCUCGAUCGUCAUCCGCUACGGCAUCCUCUUUGUGCUGAGCUUUGCCGUGUUCGUCGCGCUCAUCGUGCUGCCGAUCAUCUUCUCCGACACGCUCGACAUCAACUGCACGCUCUGCAAGAACCUCUGAGCGAGCGGCGCUGUCUCCCUUCUCCCUCCCUAUACACGGCGCCGCACUGCUGCGCGGCCGCCCCGCCCUUGCACCCCCACGCCCACACGCCUCACGCCUCUCUCUAGCCGGCGCGCCUCUGCGCCCCCUCUCCCUACACGCUGUCGCUACAACGCAUCCCUUCUCUGUCUCUCUGCCCCGAAUCUGACGCGCAAUGAACAACGACCUAAGACCCAG